AUUCUCUACGGUCUUGAGAAAAGACCUUUCUUUUCGGAGUUCUUCCUAGUUCUCCCAUUGUACGGCAGAAUGCCUUUCCAAAGGUUUGUGGAAACGGGCCGUGUUGCCUAUGUAAGCGACGGACCUUACCAGGGCAAACUUGUCACCAUUGUCGACAUCAUCGAUCAAAACAGAGUUCUAGUCGAUGGCCCGACUUCGUUAGUACCUAGAGGUCAAAUGAGACUGAAUCAACUUCAUUUGACUAAAUUCCGCUUGCGGUUUCCAUUUACUGGAACUACUCGCAUAGUUCGAAAAGCUUGGCUAGAGGGUAAAGUUGAUGAGUUGUGGAGUCAAACCAUGUGGUUCAAGAAAGUCGCAGCAAAGGAAAAGCGGGUUUCUCUCAGUGACUUUGAUCGGUUUAAGAUAAGAAAAGCCAAGCAAAUUCGAAAUAAAAUGAGAACCGAAGCAUUUCUCAGAUUGCGAAAGAAGGCAAGGAAAGCCAAGACAUUAAAAACCUCAGAAACUGCAAAAAAGACGGUAAAACAAACUGCAAAGCAGUAAAUGUAAUAUUUUAAAUAAUAAACUUUUAUUGCUUUCAA